AUGGCAGCAAAUUUCGACCCCUACGACAAAAACAGUUGGUACUUCGGACCAAUCAAUCGGAGCGAAGCGACGGCUAUAUUGAUGGCAGAGAACGAGACGGGAGUCUUCUUAGUCCGGAACAGCACCACAAUUGUGGGCGAUUUGGUGCUGUGUGUGAGAGAGGACAACAAAGUGAGUCAUUACAUCAUCAAUAAGAUCCAGCCGUCUGCAGAUCAGACACGCUUUCGGAUCGGGGAUCAGAUGUUCCCCGACGUGCCGGCGCUCCUCAACUUCUAUAAACUCCACUAUUUGGACACAACACCACUCAUUAGACCCGCAUCGAAACGAGUAGAGAAAGUGAGGGCUCGCUAUGACUUUGACGGGAGCGGCGACUCCGAUGACCUGCCCUUCAAGAGGAAUGAGAUCCUAACGGUUAUAUCGAAAGAUGAGGACCAGUGGUGGACCGCACGCAACAGUUUAGGCCAAACUGGUUCCAUACCCGUGCCAUACGUCGAAAUGAUGGACGAAAACAAUCACUCGAUUGACGGACAGACAAACGUAUGGUCGCCUUCUGCUGACAAUACGAAUGCAAACAAUUGUAAUACUAGUCAAUCGACUCCUAAUACGCGGACAUCGGAACCGACCAAAUAUAUAACUCCUAAUAUUCAUAUCCAACGAAAACUGCCGGCGCGGGCAGUCGUUAACAAACAGAGAAUACCCAACGCUUACGAUAAAACAGCGUUAAAAUUAGAAAAGGGAGACAUCAUAAUAGUGACCAAAACUAACAUAAACGGUCAGUGGGAGGGGGAACUAAACGGAAAGGUCGGGCACUUUCCCUUCACACACGUGACAUUCGAAGCAGACAAUGAAGACAUGGAGAGAACAUGGGAAGUGGAGAACCAGAUCCUGAUGGCGCACACGUCCAUGGAGUCGGCCAUAACGGGUGCACCUCUGGCGCGAUGGCAACGCAAACGACUCGAGACGUCGACCUCCAGUGUCAACAACUCACUCAACGCAUCCCUACUCCUCAACUGUCCCGUAGAGCCAGUGGUGAACAUGUCUUUGAAUAUGUCUGUCAACGGCGCCAACCAAUUGAGUAAAACGCCGUCCAAUACGCCCAACAAGAGGGCCACUCCUAACAGAUCCACUACUCCUGGAUGUGGUCUCAGAGCCAAUAAUAGCAGCAAUAAAGCAAAGACACCGAAGACUCCGUGCAAUGGCGCCGAUCGGUUCAUACCUAACAGGAGUGCCAUGAAUGCAGACAUCAGUCACUAUUUGAUAAUGAACAGCAAAGAGAAUGAGAGCCAACCGAGCGAUGGCAGCAACCAGUCGGCCAUCAGUGAGAAUCUGGUGGGAGAUCUGUCUAACUUCAGGAUCAUGUGCUACCAGAACAAGGCUCCGGUGGCACCGGAAGGACAGGCAAACAGUUUGAAAGUGUUGUACAGUUCGAGUAAAUGCAGCACAUCUUCGGCCAAGAAGACGACCCGUUAUAUCCCGACACAACCCGAACGCAUAUUAGACGCGCCCGACGUUAAGAACGACUAUUACCUGCAACUCGUCGAUUGGAACGCUUCCAACAUCUUAGCCGUGGCUCUCAUGAGGGAAAUCUACUUAUGGAACGCAAACACCGGAGACAUCACUAAUCUGUUGACAUUAGAAGAGGAACAGUACGUGUCGUCUGUCGCUUGGAUCGAAGAGGGCAACCACUUAGCCGUGGGAACCAGUGAUGGAGACAUUCAGUUGUGGGACACCGACCGCAUUAAGCGACUCAGAGUUAUGAGUGGAACCGCUGGAAGGGUGGGCGCCAUGAGUUGGAACUCCUAUGUACUGAGCGGUGGCACUAAAACUGGUCUCAUUUAUAAUAACGACGUCCGAGUGGCCAACCAUUUGAUCUCUACUCUCAAUGGACACAAUCAGGAGGUUUGUGGCCUAAAGUGGUCACCGGGAGGACAGUAUUUGGCCAGUGGUGGCAACGAUAAUACCAUUCAAAUCUGGAAUAACUCGAUGACACAAAAUGCAGACAAUAAUAAACCGAUCCAUACAUUCACUGAACAUCAGGCGGCAGUCAAGGCACUUGCGUGGUGUCCGUGGAGACCGAGUUGUUUGGCCAGUGGUGGUGGCACUGCUGACCGUACUAUCCGUAUCUGGAACUGUCAGAGUGGCACCAAUUUAUAUACAGUCGACGCUAAAUCUCAAGUUUCAGCCAUUUUAUGGUCUAAAGAUUAUAAAGAGUUAAUCUCAUCGCACGGGUAUUCAAACAAUGAGUUAAUCAUUUGGAAAUAUCCCGGUUUAGCUAAAGUGGCAGAAUUAACGGGACAUACGGCCCGAGUGUUAGGUUUAGUGAUGAGUCCCGACGGAAGUACAGUGGCGUCGGUCGGCGCCGACGAGACGCUCCGCUUUUGGGAGUGCUUUCAGAUGGACGCCAACAAGAAGAAGAAGACAACUGUCGUACCAAAAGAUAAACUCAUCGGUAAUGCCUUGCGUUCGACCAUUCGUUGACUUUUUUACAUUUUUUAUUUAUAUUUUCAAAUCACUUGACUUUGAAGUUACUUUCACUGAAUAUUAAACACAAAUCAUAUGAUUAUCUGUAUUUCACCG